AUGGCAGCAUACAUGGAAGGAGUGGAGAUUAAGUUCAAGAACCUGCAGCUCUGUGAAGCGGAAAAGAAAGGGAUCAGGAUUGGUAGGAAGCAAGCAUGCUCCUCUCAGGUGAGUAAGAUUCAGGCAGUAGGCAAGCUAUUUGCAGAGAGGCCUGCUAGGGCUGAACAUGUGGGAAGAACUCUAGGGGGAGUCUGGAGCCCAUUGUUUGGGGUGGAUUGCAAAGACUUGGGUAGGAAUAGAUUUCUAUUUAUUUUCCAACAAAAGGCUGAUAAGGAAAAGGCACUAGAUGUUGGACCAUGGAGAUUUAACAAUGACCUAUUGGUGAUGGAAGAUUUUGUGCCAAGUAGAACCAUAGAUGAAUAUGAAUUCAAGACAAUACCUAUUUGGGUUAGAGCUUACGGCAUCCCAAUUGGAAUGAUGAACAGAGAGACAGGAGACUUAGUAGGAGAACAAAUUGGAGAAGUUAUUGAUGUAGACCCAGAUGUUAAUGGUGAUUCAAUGGGGGCAUUUAUGCGGAUCAAAGUUAAAUUAGAUAUCACUAUCCCAAUUAUGAGAUUUAUAACAACGUUCACUGAAGAUGAGGUAGAACAAGAACAGAAAGAUGAAAUGAUUCUUUUGGGAGAUGAUGAAAUGAAAGAAAUAAGAAAUGAGAAGAAAGAAGGGGAGGAAAAGAUUGUCUCAUUCACAUACGAGUAUCUUCCCGACUUCUGUUAUAGUUGUGGAAUUAUUGGACAUACUGAAAAAUCGUGCCGAACUAGAUCUAGAAGAACGGGGUCUAGGCAAUUUGGAUCAUGGCUGCGUGCAAAUAUGUACAAGGGGAUCUCAAGCGAAGAAAGAAGUAGGGCUCCAAAUAAUAAAGGAAAAUUCUAG